AUGGUCACGGAGCGCUUUUUGGAUGGCUUGGUUCUGCCCAAGGGCGAGGUCAGGAUGAAGGAGAGGGGAAGGCUGCCGGCCAGGGCCGAUGAGGACAGGUUUUUUUAUCGCUACUUUUGGGAGCACGCCAAGACGGAGAAUGAACAGCAUUUGAAUGGCGUGUUUUUGGCGAGGGCAGAGGAUUUUAGGAGGAUCAAUGGCUAUGAUGAAAGGAUCAAUACGUAUGGAUGGGAUGAUUCCGAUUUGUAUGCGCGCCUGGGGAGCGAAGGAGCAGGGACGGAUCUGGGCUUGAGGCCUGUCGAGAUUCGCCCUGGGGCGGUCUCGCAUAUGCAGCAUGGCGAUGCGUUGCGGGGUGCGAAUCAGCACCUGGUCAUGGGGCCUUCGCUUGAAACGCAGGUCAAUAGCCAGGCGACGGCUGCGCUGCCGUCCUGGACAAAAGUCGGCACUUUGCAGGAAACAGAGUUUGAGUAUAAUCUGCACUCCAAGGACGGGCAACUGGUGUCUGCGCAUAUUAUUCGAACGCCUCGUGCAUUGCUUGACCUUGUUUCCAGACAAGAGCAAAUCUCCAUUAUUGACGAGGCCACGAAUCGACUACUGCAUGAUAUUUAUGGCUUCCCCUGGAGUGUGUUGAGCGAAAUCAACCGCUCCAGAGGGGAGCUGGUUCGAUCCCUCGCCUCUUUGGGGCGCUCCACGCAUUGGCAAAGUGGCAACGGCUUUAUUUUCGCAGAAGUCGGCGGUACUGUGCCCGAGCGCUUGGCAGGAAUGGCGUCUGCAAUCGGACUGGCAAUGAAGUAUGAGCGGCCGCUUUUCCUCGCGUGGAGCUCUGGGACGCGUGAAGAGCCGACACCCCGCAUUACCGAUUUCUUCGACGUAGACAAUAGCGGGGCGGUUGAUGAUGCGUUUGAUGCGGCCACGGGGGUGCGCCCGAGCAAAGGGGCGCGAGUGUACCAAGUGGGGAGGUGGAAGUGCCGGGCACUGGUAGACAUCUGUGCGCAGACCGACACUGCGUUCAAGAUGAUGAGCGAGUUUAGAUCGGGCGGUCACGAUGACGAAAUGGUAGCUGCCCAGGCUGUGUUGGAUGUGCUACACGGAAAGACACCGGGAAAGAGGAAUAUUUUAUUGCGGUUAGAGGGCACCUUCCCACUGCAGAAAACCGAGGAACGCGCCCGGGCUCUGGCGUCGCUGACUCCAUCACGGGCCUUGACCGAUCACAUGACAAAGCUGGGAGACACGUCCGAUCACCUUGGCGUUUACAUCGGCUCGGGCGUGCGGUUGAAGGGCGUUGAAGCGAUGGUCCGGCGGCUGAAUUCACACAACGGGGCAGCCUCAAAGUAUUUCGUGACGGGGGCAAAGAAAGCAAUCGUGGAGCAGGCUAGACCGAUGCUGAGAUAUGCGGAGAACAUGGUGGCAUCCGCAACCGGGGAUGAGCCACAAGGCUCCACCGAGGAAAUUCGCGACACGAUUCGCGACAUUGCAGAACUGUAUGGAUUGUCGCAUUGUAAGAGCAUGGUGAAUGAUGGGCGACCCCCCGUGGCUGUAUCCGAAGUGAUGCACUUGUUGAAGCGAAGGUCGCUGAAGUUUUUGUAAGACUCUUCGUUGUUCUGAAAACGAUGUUGUUCUGUCUAGCCGUUUUUUUUUCGCGCUUGACGUUGCUAAUCUGUUUAUUCUCACCAACGUCAGCGCCUCUACGGUUGUUGCUCCUCGGCAGAUAGUUUGAGUGAGUGUUUUCAUGUUGAGGCGUUUUGAUUCGUCGCUGCUUGUGUACAUAAUAUGUUUAUGUUACUUUAACAGAGCUUUAGCUCUUGAAACUAAACCGACUACUACUACUCCAUG